UUACGUGGUUUAUUUAAACGGCGGAGGUGCGGUCACACUGCUUAAUUGUCGAAUUCCAAUUCAUGUUUUAUUUUUUGCCGAAUAAAUUGACAUAAUAUUCAGAGAAAAUGUGCGACUACAAGAUUUCGGAGCGAGCCUACACCAAGUUGAUAUUCCACGCCGCCAAGUAUCCGCACCAGGCGGUCAACGGACUGUUGCUGGCCGAGAAGAGCUCGAAGGGCUCCCUGGUGGAAAUCGUGGAUGCGAUUCCGCUUUUUCAUCAGUGUCUGCAUGUCACCCCCAUGGCAGAAGUUGCCCUAAUGCAGAUCGAUGCAUACGCCGAGCGCGAGGGACUGGUGAUCGGCGGCUACUAUAGUGCGCCGGAGAACUUCUACGACAAUCAGAUCGACAAGACCCCCGCCGCCAAAAUUGCGGACAAGAUCCAGGAGAACUUCAAGAACGCCUGCUUCGCGGUGGUGGACAACAAGUUGAUGACUCUGCAGCACGACCGUGCCGCCAUCCAGGUGUUCAGCUGCGCUGGAGACUCUGGCGCCCGUUGGUCAAAGGCCAAGUUCACGCUGUCGCAGGCGUCCCAAACGUUGGAGGGCGUGUCCCUGCUGCUGAAACGCGGUGCCAUGCGCGACUUGGUCGACUUCGAUAACCAUCUGGACAGCCCGGAGAACGACUGGACCAACGACUUCCUAAACCAGUCGCUCAACGACCUGCAGAAACUGUACUAGUCGCCUGUUUUUAACGUACGUUUGUUUUAGUCUAGCAAAUUCGCAUUCAAGGGAACACGCCGAAAUUUCAACCUUGCAAUUUAAUUUAUUGUAAUUACAUUUGGAUUUCAGUAAUCUUUAGAAUAAUGCAUAUAAGUUAAAUAACAUUCAACUAAUUAAUAAAUAAUCAAUUCUUUCAUCAUGUA